CGAGGUGAUGGGUCAUUUGGGUCCACAGAGUGGGGUUAGUGAGGCAUGAGGCAUGGAUGAGUGGUAAUAUAUCCAGUGACGAUGUGUCAUGACAAGCAACCGAUUCUGAGAAAUCAAGAAUAAACAGAUAUUAGUUCUGCAUAACUUCAGAGAGAAGAAAAGUGUGUUUCUGUUUGUUUGAAAAUUUCAGUAAACACAACCUACAUACACAGAACAUCAGUAAAGUUCUAAUUUGAAAAAUUGUCACACAUACCAAAGUCCGAUUAAAGAAACUUUAAUUACUCUUUGACAGAGUGGCACAGGGCCUUACUGUGACAGUUUAUCAAAUUCUCUAAUAAUCCAUUUGGUGGUUUCACACUAUUCUUGCAAUGGAGCGCUUUAUAAUUACAACAGUGAUAUGUGCAUUCGUCUUUCCAGGUGUAUUUUCUCUUCCUGUUGAAGACUGUGGAUCAACGGCUGGAAGCUUUACAAAUGUUACCAUAUCAUCAUGUAAAGACACAGACCCUGUCUGUAUUUUGAAAAAGAAUUCAAAUGUUACACUGGAUAUAUCAUUUACCACAAGUGUUACUGAUAACACUGUGACGGCAGAUGUACAUGGUAUUAUUCAGGGAAUCCCUAUACCAUGGCCUGUUCAGAAUCCAGAUGCCUGUAAGUCCAGUGGCUUGAAAUGUCCCCUAGAGCCCGGAAAAAACUACCAUUACACGGCCACAUUCCCUAUCAAGACAUCAUAUCCCACAAUGCAUCUACAAGUUAAAUGGGAACUACAAAAUGAAAGUAAAACGGAUAUAGUGUGCGCAUUGAUUCCUGUUAAAAUAAAGUGAUGACAGUGUCAGUGACCAUCAGAAGUCUUGCCAGUCAGAAUGCUGGUGUUCAGGUAAACAUCGAACCUCAGUUCAUCACCCCUUGAAUGGUAGAGGAGACACCUCACUCAUUUCAAAACUGUUUUCAGUACAAGUCAAUAAUUGUAAGGUUUCUGUAUGAUUGUACAAAAAGUAAUUUUCUAUUAAAAUUAUGAAUCUGAAAUCUG